AUGGCGGAGAUGGAUCUAACACCAAAGUCAGCAGUAGCAGCGUUCGAGGGAGACGGUGGAGGAUAUUACGUAUGGUCAUUUCCUGCGCUCGGUGAGGCCAACGUUGGUGCCGGCAAAUUUGUGUUGAAGCCUAGUGGCUUUGCUCUUCCUCAUUAUGCAGAUUCUGCCAAAUUGGGCUAUGUUCUUCAAGGUGAGGAUGGAGUAGUUGGAAUGGUACUCCCCAACACUUCAGAGGAGGUAGUGUUGAAGCUUAAGAAAGGAGACGUGAUUCCGGUACCACUUGGAGCAGUCUCAUGGUGGUUCAACAAUGGCGACGUCUCAGCCGACGACCUUGUUAUCGUUUUCUUGGGCGAAACUACAAAGGCAUACACGCCUGGUGUAUUUACCUAUUUCUUUAUUGCAGGAACUCGAAGUCUUCUAGGAGGUUUUUCAACUGACUUCAUUAGCAAGUCAUUCAACAUUACCAAUGAUGAAGCUGAUGAGGUCACCAAAAACCAGAAAGGAGUUUCGCUCGUUAAGCUAGAAGACGGAAAGACCAUGCCUACCAACGCCCUUCUCACCCGAAAACUUGUUCAUCAACUCAAUGUCUGUGCCACUUUAACUGAGAAGGAAUUUCCUUUCCUUAACCAAGCUGGUUUAAGUGCCAACCUCAUUAAACUUGAACCCCUUGCAAUUUCCUCCCCCAUGUACACAACCGAUUCCACCGUUCAAGUGAUCUAUGUCGUUGGAGGAGGCGGUCGAGUCCAAAUCGCGAGUCUCAAUGGUCAGAGUGUGUUGGAUGCAGAAGUAACUGCGGGUCAGUUGAUCGUCGUGCCCAGGUUUUUGAUGGUGGCAAAACUUGCCGGAGAAAAAGGAAUGGAAUGUUUCACUGUCAUUACAAGUUCCCGGGCUGUUCUGGAAGACUUAGCUGGCAAGACAUCAGUGUUGAAGGCAUUAUCGCCUGAGGUGCUACAAAUAUCCCUCAAUAUAAGCCCAGAGUUGCAGACACUUCUCCAGUCCAAGAGUAACUAAAGCUGAUGCUGCAGCAUGGAAGUCUCCCA